AUGCGGGAAGGUUCCCCCGCCGCCGCUGCUGCCGCCGCCGCCUCUGCGUCGCCUGCCAGCCGGGUGUCUAUGAAAACACCCGGUGGCGGGCGGCGAGGGACCCGCCGUGCGUCCAGCGAGCAGCCACCGGCCCUGCCUGCGCCGAGCCAGCCCGGGGGUGCGGCUCUGCCCCCUCGCUGCCAGCUGCCCCUCCUCAGCCCGCGCCUUACCAAUAACUCUCGGGUUGUCGGACUCCUCGCUCAGCUGGAGAAGAUCAGUACUGAGCCUACAGAAUCAGAUACUGCCAGAUAUGUUACGUCAAAAAUUCUUCAUCUGGCUCAAAGUCAAGAAAAAAUAAGGAGAGAAAUGACAGCCAAAGGUUCUACAGGAAUGGAAGUUCUGCUCUCAACAUUAGAGAGCACGAAAGAUCUUCAAACUACACUUAAUAUCUUAAGCAUUCUUGUUGAGCUGGUGUCAGCUGGUGGAGGUCGAAGAGCUAGUUUCUUAGUUGCCAAAGGUGGUUCACAAAUAUUGUUACAGUUACUUAUGAAUGCCAGCAAAGAAUCUUCCCCAAAUGAGGAGUUAAUGGUGCAGAUUCAUUCUAUUCUUGCAAAGAUUGGACCGAAAGACAAAAAAUUUGGAGUGAAAGCUAGAAUUAAUGGAGCUCUGAAUAUAACUCUGAACUUGGUCAAACAGAAUUUGCAGAAUCAUCGCCUGGUUUUGCCUUGUCUUCAGCUUUUACGAGUAUAUUCUGCAAACUCUGUGAAUUCAGUAUCCUUAGGGAAAAAUGGAGUUGUGGAACUGAUGUUUAAAAUCAUUGGACCAUUUAGUAAGAAGAAUUUGAGUCUUAUGAAGGUUGCUUUAGACACUCUUGCUGCAUUGCUAAAAUCAAAAACAAAUGCCAGGAGAGCUGUAGACAGAGGAUGUGUCCAAGUCCUUUUAACAAUUUAUGUAGAUUGGCAUCGCCAUGACAAUCGGCAUAGAAACAUGCUCAUUCGGAAAGGAAUUUUACAGAGUUUAAAAAGUGUUACAAAUAUCAAGUUGGGAAGAAAAGCAUUUAUUGAUGCCAAUGGGAUGAAAAUUCUCUAUACCACUUCACAAGAAUGUUUGGCAGUCAGGACCCUUGAUCCUCUUGUCAACAUCUCCAGUCUGAUAAUGAGGAAGUGUUUUCCUAAAAACCGCCUGCCACUGCCAACAAUUAAAAGUUCUUUCAAUUUCCAAUUGCCAGUUAUUCCUAUGAGUGGACCUGUGGCUCAGCUCUAUAGUUUACCUCCUGAAGUGGAUGACGUAGUAGAUGAAAGUGAUGACAACGAUGAUAUUGAUUUAGAGGCUGAAAAUGAAACUGAAAAUGAAGAUGACAUAGAUCAAAAUUUUAAGAAUGAUGAUAUUGAAACAGAUAUUAACAAACUAAAACCCCAGCAAGAGCCAGGACGAACGAUAGAAGACCUUAAAAUGUAUGAACACCUUUUCCCUGAGCUUGUUGAUGAUUUUCAGGACUAUGACUUAAUCUCCAAAGAACCAAAGCCUUUAGUAUUUGAGGGAAAAGGACGUGGUCCAAUUGUUGUGCCUACAGCAGGAGAGGAAGCAGCUGGGAAUUCAGGCAAUUUCAGAAAAGGAGUGGUAAUGAAGGAGAAUGUGUCUCCCCUGGGAGAUGAAGGUGAUAAGAAACCUAGCUUUAUGGAUCUGGCAAAAGAAGAUAUUAAAGAUAAUGACAGAACAUUACAGCAACAGCUAGGUGAUCAAAAUAGAACUAUUUCAUCAGUCCAUGGCUUAAACAAUGAUAUUGUGAAGGCCUUGGACCGAAUUACAUUGCAGAAUAUUCCUUCUCAAACAGCUCCAGGUUUUACUGCAGGAAUGAAGAAGGACUACAGCCUCCCUCUUACCGUGGUUACAUGCUCUAAAGCGUGCCCACACGUGGCUGCUUGUGGGAAUGUUCUGUUUGAGGGAAGAACAGUUCAGCUAGGGAAGCUUUGCUGCACUGGAGUCGAGAUUGAGGAUGAUGAAGAUACUGAGUUUGCUUCAUCAAUGGAACAAGUAUCAGUUGAAGUUGCUGAUGAUGGACCAACACUGCAUGACUCAGACCUCUACAUUGAGAUUGUGAAAAAUACAAAGUCUGUCCCAGAAUAUUCAGAAGUGGCUUAUCCUGAUUAUUUUGGUCACAUUCCGCCUCCAUUCAAGGAGCCUAUUUUAGAAAGGCCUUAUGGUGUACAAAGGACAAAAAUUGCCCAAGAUAUCGAGAGGCUGAUACAUCAGAGUGAUAUCAUAGAUCGAGUGGUGUAUGACUUAGAUAACCCAAAUUUCAUUGUUCCAGAAGAAGUAGAUAUUUUGAAGUUUAACUCCAAAUUUGAAUCUGGGAAUCUGCGCAAAGUAAUUCAAAUGAGAAAAAAUGAAUAUGAUCUUAUUCUGAACUCGGAUAUAAAUAGUAACCAUUAUCAUCAGUGGUUUUACUUUGAAGUCAGUGGAAUGCGUCCAGGGGUUGCUUACAGGUUUAACAUCAUUAACUGUGAAAAGUCCAACAGUCAGUUUAAUUAUGGUAUGCAACCACUCAUGUAUUCAGUUCAGGAAGCAUUAAAUGCCAGACCAUGGUGGACUCGUGUGGGGACGGACAUUUGUUACUAUAAAAAUCACUUCUCAAGAAGUUCAGUUGCUGCAGGUGGGCAAAAGGGAAAAUCCUACUAUACAAUUACAUUCACUAUCAAUUUCCCACAUAAAGAUGAUGUUUGCUACUUUGCUUAUCACUAUCCAUAUACGUACUCAACUUUACAGAUGCAUCUUCAAAAAUUGGAAUCAGCGCACAACCCUCAGCAAAUCUAUUUUCGAAGAGAUGUGUUAUGUGAAACCCUGUCUGGAAACAGCUGUCCCCUGGUGACUAUAACAGCAAUGCCAGAGUCUAAUUAUUAUGAACAUAUCUGUCAAUUCAGAAACCGCCCUUACGUUUUCUUAUCUGCUCGGGUACAUCCUGGAGAAACUAAUGCAAGUUGGGUAAUGAAAGGAACAUUGGAGUAUCUCAUGAGUAAUAGCCCUACUGCUCAGAGCUUACGAGAAUGCUAUAUUUUUAAAAUUGUCCCUAUGCUAAAUCCAGAUGGUGUCAUCAAUGGAAAUCACCGCUGUUCUUUAAGUGGAGAGGAUUUGAAUAGACAAUGGCAGAGUCCAAAUCCAGAUUUGCAUCCUACAAUUUACCAUGCAAAGGGGCUGCUACAGUACCUGGCUGCCGUGAAGCGCCUACCACUUGUUUAUUGUGAUUAUCAUGGCCACUCCCGAAAGAAGAAUGUAUUCAUGUAUGGCUGCAGCAUCAAGGAGACAGUGUGGCAUACCAAUAAUAAUGCAAGUUCCUGUGAUGUUGUGGAAGAUGUUGGAUACAGGACUUUGCCUAAGAUACUGAGCCAUAUUGCCCCAGCGUUUUGCAUGAGUAGCUGUAGCUUCGUAGUGGAAAAAUCUAAAGAAUCCACAGCACGUGUUGUAGUUUGGAGGGAGAUAGGAGUACAAAGAAGCUAUACCAUGGAGAGUACUUUGUGUGGCUGUGAUCAGGGAAAAUAUAAGGGCUUACAGAUUGGUACACGAGAAUUGGAAGAGAUGGGAGCAAAAUUUUGUCUUGGUCUGUUGCGUUUGAAAAGACUGACAUCCCCAUUGGAAUAUAGUCUGCCUUCCAGCCUGCUUGACUUUGAAAAUGACUUGAUUGAAUCAAGCUGCAAAGUAACUAGCCCUACCACUUACGUUUUGGAUGAAGAUGAACCUCGAUUCCUCGAAGAAGUUGAUUACAGUGCCGAGAGUAAUGAUGAGUUAGAUAUUGAAUUAGCUGAAAAUGCAGAUUAUGAAACUUCUACUCAAGAAGAAGUACUUUCUGAUUCUGAUUCAUCCAGAACAUUUCUACCGUGA